AUGGUGACGGCCAUUCGAGCGUCGCUCAUCGUCUUCCUGACACUGAUACUAUCGGAAACGUCGAAAGCAGGAUUCCCUCGACUGCAUUUCUCUGGAUCAUUCCUCGCCGACACAAGCACCCUCAACAACGACCCUGACAACUUCAACAUCGACAACUUCGACAUAAACAGGGACCCGCCAUGCUAUUUUGACACCUACCCACACUGCAACUGGAACCCCAAAGGCACUAAUGACUUCCGACUUGUCAACUGUUCAGUCACGAAAGUCUGCUACAGGGACGGAACAUGCACAGCAGACGACCCCAUCGUGGGGAAGCGAAUAACAGGAAGUGACGACACCGUAGCUGCCAAGAUGGUGGACCUGGACCCUUACUUGUACGCCACUCAAUUGUGGGGUCUUGUUGUCGGGGUAGAGGGCGCUUUUCAAGGCAAGUUUAAGGUCAGUACAGUAAGGGACCAAUGGCAACGAUGUAAGGAGGACUGUCCAAUGGAUUCCGGUUCGUCAGGGUACUGGAGUUCUGUGCUUGAGAAUGUGACAUGGUUUAAUCAGGAAGAUAGCAACAAGUCGAGGAAAACGCAGACAAAUAUAGACUUCCUUACAUUCAUCCACCAACUCAAGUAUCCCCGUGAAGAAUCCUCUCCAGCAAGAACCUUGCAUAUAAAGUUUACGGUAGACAUGAUGAACGAAGAUCCGCGAACCCCAAACUUUGCCCAUGGACGAGUGAUCGGAAGUAUAUCAUCUGUGGACGACAUGGCGGCCAGCGAGCUUGGAUUCCCCGAGUUUAACAGAAUGCUGUGGGGUCAGGGGGUCGGUAUUGCCCUACAAGGACAACAGAUACUACCUGAGAUGAAAGACUACUAUCAUGCACCAUUCUACAUGGACCGCAGAAACAAGAAAGUCGUUGUAGACCUCAGCAAUAGUUUGCCAACGCGCCUCAACGGCACCCUCGUCGACCGUGGCAACCUGUUCUUUCUCCUCCUCCACAACCGCUCGUCUUUGCAGAUGGAACUCGGAAGGAUCAAGAACUGCGGCGACAUCCUGAACAACCCUGACAUCAACGUUGGCGCAAUUGGCUAUACUGCAGAUAAAUGGCUAUCGCAAGAUGCAGGCAUCGCCAUCUUAGACAUGGAUAGGAGCAAGAAUACGGAUGAAGUUGCGAUGGUUAUGGUUGUUAAAGAAGAGCCUCCUCCCUGUCAACAAUGCCAGAAGCAGUGCCUACCGAUCCUUGCCGAGCACCCAGAUGGUCUGUACAUUGUUGCGACAGAAAAUGACGUUUUCCGGAUCCCUAGGCCAAACACUGAAACAGAAUGGUCAUUAGAACAAGAUAAUGAAAAUGACCGCGUUUCCUGGUCAUUGAGGGUAGUCGCUACAAGGUUUGGCGAACCUGCGGAAGGAAUUGACUUCAAACUUCAACUCGAUAAAGACCAGGAAGGCAUCUGCGAACCUCGUGAUGCAAUCACCGUUGUCUAUGACCACCAUAAGCAACAGCAAGCAUGUGCCAAAUACACUACAGAUGACAAAGGGGUCGCAGUUAUUGAGUUUCAAGCAGACAGGGAGGGUCUUGAUUGCAGCAAACCAGGACUGGAGAAAAGGAGAGAACAGCAGGUGGAUGGGCAGUUGUACGUAUAUAACGUCACCGUACCUGGUGACAGUUCAUUUCCCCCGAAUCUACGGACGAUAACACACUUAUAUUGCAAACAUGAGAGCAAAAGGCAGUAUACGUGGAUCGAUGACAUAUAUCCCAUAUUUCAGCGAUACGAUAACCUGUAUCCUUUCAUAAAGCCCCUCUUCAAUCUCGCCUCCUACAAAGACGUCAUUCGGGAUUCUACAAGGAAGCGGUUACUGAACUCCCUGCAACUACCUAUAGAGGAUCCAAACCACAUGCCUGUCACACGUGAUCUCUCCCCGGCAAAAAGGGACAUGAUUCUAGACUGGUUAAAUCAGGCUAAUAGAAAGUACAGUCCCAGGCAGACGGAGACAACAUUAUGUCGGUUGAGAGAAAAUCUUCAACUAGCACUCCGGUUGGAGUGGACCACGGUCCCUCUGUACUUGAGCGCCUAUUACAGCAUCAAGGACGGCUUCAACACUGAAGUCGCCAGCCUUCUCAAGAGCAUCGUGGUAGAAGAAAUGCAUCAUAUGUCGUUGGUGGCCAAUAUCCUCAAUGCCAUUGGAGGGACUCCGGUCUUGAACGAUCCCCAAGUCAUACCUACGUAUCCAGGUCCACUACCUGGUGGUUGCAGCCCGGACAUUCCCAUACGACUUGCCAAAUGUUCUCGUGCCCAAAUCCGUGACGUCUUCAUGGCUGUAGAUAUGCCUGAAUGCAAGGGGCAAUUUUUCGAUGGGAUCAGCAUUCCUGAGACAAUUGUGUCCUUGAAAAGUUCUUUUCCGUCCAAUCAAACGUUGUUCUCUGAAUGGGACCAGAACUGCAUAACUGGUCCACAUGAAUGCAAAGAUCUAUUAAACGAUGCGAGCAACAAGUGUAAGAAAAAAAUUAAUAACUAUCAAACAGAUACCAUAGGUGCCAUGUACAUCCACAAGAUAUUAUGCCCUAUGAUCAAUCUCCACAAGAGUGGCAAUCUGACGUUUAGCGGAGACACGACAAAGCAAUAUCCCUCGCCGUUUUGUGUGACAGAUCUGUGCACUGCAAUCCUAGUGAUACAUCAAAUUGUCGGCCAGGGAGAAGGUGGCGAUCCCUGCAGUCCAUUCUACAAAGUGCAAGGAGGCAAAGCUGAACUCAGCCACUAUUACAAAUUUGCAGAGGUAGUAUAUGGUAAGGCGUUAGUGGAAGCUAACCAUGACAAGUAUGAUGUCUCCCACAAUUUGCAAAACAAGCAAGAGCAGCAGCAGAAUUGCGACGGCAGUGAUAAUAAGCCUGGACACGAUUUCUUCACCCCAUGUAAAGGACACAUUUGCUGUCCUAAGAAAUAUGAGUUCGCCGGUUCUCCCAUACCCUUCUAUGAAGACGCAGUGUGGCCAACUCUCCACAACUCACGCUCAUCCAAGUACCCGCCCGGCUCCAUGGCCCGCAAGAUGUCUGACCGCUUCAAUGAGAAGUACACCAGUCUGAUGAAGUGUCUGCACGAGGUCUUCAAUGGACACCCGGACAAGAUGAAGCAGUGUUUCGGCCUGAUGUCAUCCCUGAGUGCAGAAGCCAAGAAAAUGGUCCAAACACCGAUCGAACCAGACGGCGAUCCCCACGUGGGGCCGAAUGUGGCCCCUACCUUUGAGUGGUAUCCGCCUGUCAACUAACAUUUGAGCUGAUG